CUUUACUUACAUAUUUACCUUACCAAAUGUACAUGCAUACUCUGAAUGUGCACAAUCAUUAAGAACAAGCAGUGACAGAUAAAAACACUGUUUUACUUUUUAAGGUUGCCGACAACAUACGAACCCAUACUCACUAUUUAAGCAGAUAACUCACUUUGCCGUAUUCAGUGAUCUUUUACCCAGUGGUCAAAUCGGAUCCACUAUUUUGUCACAAUUUCUCAGUCGCUGAUAACUUGAGACAAAUGGCUUACAAAUUGUACUACUACGAUGGACGUGGAUACGCCGAACCAAUCCGAAUGAUUUUGUCCUACGGUGGGGUGGACUUUGAGGACAUUCGUGCCCCAAUGUUCCCAAUUCCGCAGCCUUUACCUGCCGACAUCAAAGCAAAAUCCACUUGGGGACAAGUUCCAUUCAUCGAAUUUGAUGGCAAGAAGCUCAACCAGUCGCUUGCAAUUACGCGAUACUUCGCAAAAAAGUUUGACCUUGUUGGCUCCAAUGAGUUUGAAGCUGCCCAAUGUGACGAGUAUGUCGACACUGUGGUCGAUUACGUGAAAGCCUGGUUUCCCCUCGUCAUGGAACAGGAUGCCGAAAAGUUGAAGAAAAUGGAGGAGGAAGUGACGAAAAGCUCGAGAGAAAAAUAUUUGAGCAAAUUCAACGCCAUCAUUUUAGAAAACGGGGGACAAUUCCUCGUCGGAAAGAAGAUGACUUGGGCCGACAUUUAUUUUGCACAAGCCCUCAACAAUGGCGAAUUGAUUCACGGGACAAAGUUUACAGAGGAGUAUCCAGGCUUGAAGGCCAUGUAUGACAACGUCUUCAACACUCCAGCCAUCAAGAAAUGGGUGAAGGGUCGACCCAGCACAAAAUUCUAAUUAAUACUUCUACAAUUUGCUAUUACAACUUGUAAUUUACAAGGUUAAUUAAAGUGAGGUGCACAUAUGCAAAAAUUUCUUAACA